AUGAGAUAAAUCGCCCCGCACUGUACCUAACCCACCCGAAACGAGCAACCAGGCGAUGACGACGGAACCCAUCCGAUCGCCGCUCCGCCAGGAGGACGACCCCGCCUUACCCCCGCCGCCUCCGCCUCCGCCUCCGCCUCCGCCUCACAACACUCCGAUACGAACUCCCCCACCUAUGGAGCCUGCCGUGGUGGCUAGCCGGCAUGAUCUCUCGACGCUCGCGGCGAAAGUGGAGGCCAACGUUGCUCCUCCUCAUGACUGGUACCCGUGGGACGGUCAGAGGGAGGCGGCUCCGCACGAUUCAGGCUCCAGGUCGCGUGUAGUCACGGGUAUCGUCAGCCGGGGCCGCCUCGAGAAGGUCAUCCAUCGUGCGGCGGUGGCUGCGCGAUUUUCAGCGGCGGUUUUAUGCCUCGUAUCCUUUUCCGUUCUCUCCUCUGACAGAGACAAGGGUUGGGCCCUCGACUCCUAUCACCGCUACAAGCAAUACCGUUAUUGCGUGUCGGUGAACGUGAUUGGAUUCGUCUACUCUGGUUUCCAGUUGUAUUCGCAAGUCCACAACAAGGUUAUGGAGAAACACAUCAUACGCCGUCCUCUGGGUGACUACUUCGACUUCGCCAUGGAUCAGAUACUGGCAUAUCUUUUGAUUUCCUCAUCAUCCUCGGCCACUGCUCGAACUGAUGACUGGGUGUCCAACUGGGGAAGUGAUGCAUUUCCUAAUAUUGCUACUGGUUCUGUCGCCGUAUCAUUCCUGGCUUUCCUUGUGUUUGCUCUCAGCGCCCUAAUUUCUGCCCAUAAACUCUUUAGCCGGAACCUCUGAUCUACUUUGGCAACGAAGAAGGAUUCGUGUGUCUUUCCUUUUUCACUUCUAUAGUUAUGAAGGAUUGGAUAAUGGCAGUGAGGGCUUGAUGUUGGAAGUAUUACAAGCAUCCUUGUUGUUGUUGUUUCAGCUUCCUGCUAUGUAAAGAAACAAUGCUUAGUUAACGAGUUGAUCAUUUGGUUUUCGAUU